UGGGAGGAGGUGAGUGGUCUGGACGAGGAGAACAACAGUGUGAGGACCUAUCAGAUCUGCCAGACGGACGGCUCGUCCAGUCAUUGGCUGCGCAGCGGGCUGAUUCAACGGCGGGGAGCGUCCCAGGUGUACGUGGAGCUGCGCUUCACCAUGAUCGAGUGUUCGUCCAGGGUCACACACCACCGCAGCUGCAAGGAGACCUUCAACCUCUACUACUACCAGGCCGACUCUGACGAGGCUACACCUACACACCCAUCAUGGAUGGAGAACCCCUAUACUAAGGUACACAGCUAUUGUAUACACACACACAUCAACACUCAGCAGCACAUCCCUUCUGGAUUAAGAACUCCUACACCAAGGUAUACACACCAAGGGUUGGAACCGGUUAAGGGAACAGAACCGAAAACCGGAAAAUAACUACAUUAUUUGAGGAACAGAACCCGAACCAGAAACGAAAGUGAUCUAUACUGUUCCGGAACAGAAAUACUGUUUUUAAAAGCAUGGGAACCGGUUAAUAACGUUAUUUUUUUCCAGUCCCACAAAAAUCGCAAAACAAAGCGCCUAUGCAAAGCCCUCACUCUGUCAUUCAGAAACGUAUUCCAGCGUCUGCCUGCCUGCCAGCUGGAAAUCUUUGCCGGUGGGUUUGUGUGUGUAGGAUACCUGCCCCUCCCCUCUAAAGCAUAGGUUACUGUAGCCUACUGACAAUGUUACAAGCAUGAUUCAGAAAUUAGGGAGAGAUGUUUAAAAGAAUGGAUUAACUUGUUCAAUGCUAGUUAAGGAUACUAUAGUUAUCACGUUUCACAUUGGAUUUAUUAACUGUUUUUAAUUCUAGUGCUGCUCUGCAAACACAAGCUUGUUAGCUCUGGUCCAACGUUAAACAAACUUGGAAGUUCAAAGACAUUCAAUGUUACUCCAUAGAAGCCGCUCCUCCGUAGAUGUAAUUAUGUGGGCCUAAUUCAGAUCAGGCAUGUCAUAACAAGAUGCCCAGCGCUUCAAGGCAAGCUUCCCCCAUCCUCUCUCGCUCUCUCCUCACCCGCAACAUGUCAGUUGAUUCUCACGCCCUACAUUGUGACUGGCAGCACAGUGUGUGUGUCUUUCAUUAUGAUUAAACCAAUCUGGUACGGCAAAAUACAAUUUGCUCUUAACGGCUUUCCUAUACAGAUUAAAUUGCUUACCCACUCCAUACCAAGCUGCUCUAUCCGCACUUAUUGGUGAAGUAAUUUGAUGUCGAGCUAAAUAAAACGGAACAGAACGGAAUAUAAAACUACUUUUUUGGGUCUCGAACCGGUUCAGAACUUUAUUUUGCUGGUUGGUAAAGUGGAACGGAACGAAAACAAAUUAUGGUUCUGUUCAAUUUCGGUUCCAGCUGCUGUACACACACUGACAUAUACAGAUAUACAUGUACACCCAUUAUGGAUGGAACCCACUGGAAUGUGAGCUCUUCAAGUAGGCUGUUGGGAUGUUGGAUACCAUGUAGAGACAUUACUUCCUGUGUUUGUGUUGACCGUCUGCCUCUCCCUCCUGUCAUCCUGUAGGUGGACACAGUGGCAGCAGACUUCCUACUGAGGAAGGGUGGGGAGCGUAAGUUCAAUGUGAAGACCCUGCGGCUGGGGCCUCUGUCUAAGAGGGGCUUCUACCUGGCCUUCCAGGCCCAGGGAGCCUGCAUGGCCCUGCUGUCUGUCAGGGUGUUCUUUAAGAAGUGUCCUGCCCUUGCCAGCUCCCUGUCCUCCUUCCCUGAGACCGUGCCCCGCACCCUGGUACAGGAGGCCCAGGGGGUGUGUGUGGACAACGCUGCCCAGCAGGGGCCCCGGCCACGCCCACCCAAACUCUUCUGCGGCGAGGAUGGCCAAUGGGUGGGCCAGCCCACUACCUCCUGUGGCUGUCUGCCCGGAUACGAGCCUGCUGAUGGACACACCCACUGCUCAGGUGAGAGGAAGGGGAGAGGUGAGGAGUGGAGGGGGGGGGGGGGGGGGGGGGGGGUGAAAGACAAGGGGAGUAUGCCGUCUCAUCAGUUUAGGUGGGAAUCUAUUCUGUCUGUCCUUUCACACACGCAGUCUCUCACACAUACACAGAGUUGAGGCCUUAACAAUGAAAGAAUGGAGAAGUGGCCGGGUGGGGGUUGGAGAGCGGGGAACAAAAGAGAAGAGGCUUACAGAAGCAGUAUUAACAGGGAGUGUUGUGGUGGGGCAGGUUAAAGCCUGGGGGACUGAGGGAGGUGCAGAGGUCAGAGGUGAGAGGUGAGGGUGGUGUCACAGGGCUGGGCGGCUGAGGGUGGCGCUUAGGACAUGUCAGGACUGGCUGUCAGACAGACCCAGUGAAUCAGCCAAGAAUGGAGGGAGGGGAAGAGAGGAGAAGAGAGGAGGAAGGGAAAGAGAGAAAGGAGGGAAAAAGAGGGGGGAGAUUAAAGAAAGGUAAAGAAUCUUCCGGUACAUCAAAGCCAACCUGACAACAGAGAGAGAAGCAGGGAGUAUUCUCUCUGCGGAUGUACAACUCUCCUAAUGAGUCAAAUUAUCCAUGUACACACACACAGGUGGAGAGAGACAGAUGGACAGAAAUGCUGAUACUGUGUAACGAAAAGCCAAAUGAUUUACUCAUUCCUCUUGUUAGAAGAAAAAAAAGUAUGAAAAUGUGUGACUCACUACUGUAAGUCACUCUGGAUAAGAGUGUCCGCUAUAUGGCUAAAAUGUCAUGUAAAGGUUCUUUCCUCCUCCAUUUCAGUGGUUAGAUACAGUAUUUUGCUGCUCUGACAGGGAGUUGCUCUUGAGCCAAAACAGCCUCACUCAGCAGGUCAUUACAGGCACACCACAGCAUUGCAGAUGACUUAAAAUGUUGGACAAUAGCACGUAAAAGCAAUAAUACAUCUCUGCCAAGCUAACACAAGUUAACACACAGCGCAGGACACUUCUCUUCCUCAUGUACACACCAUCACACAGACACAAUGCCACAGGCGGUGGGUUGCCUCUGUCUAGCUAAUUGCUGUGCUCUUAUUUCAUUCUUUCAGUGUGUGUGUGUGUGUGUGAGAGUGUCUGUGUAUGUGUGUGUGAGUGUGUGUGAAACAGGCCUCCACCCCUGUCUCCCACUCCCCCCUGGAGAAAUGUAAAAGGAAGGUCACAAUAGGGUCACAUUCCACACUGUGCUUUAAGGAGAAAGGGAACACACUCUCUCUUCUUCUCUCUCUCACUUUGUCUCUCCCACAUGCUACUGCCUCAGUAGCACAUUAACAUUAACAUUAGCAUAACCACACAGCCAAGUAUAUCAUUUAGCAGACAGUGUUUAACUAACUUUUGUUGCUGUCUUCUCGUUUUAAUGUACGAGGUUGUACUCUUAUUUUGCAUCCCUCUCCACCAAAGAGGAAAGCGUGUCGUUAAAGGCAAUGUGUGUGGGUUGAUGUAUGGAGAGUGUGCCGUCAGGGGGGGGAUAGGCCAUAAAGCUCUUUAAGUGGCCCGGUUGGAGCCUAUCUGUUAGCUAUAAACCGCUUUCUCAUCCCACCAGCAGCCAGCCAGUUAGAGGGUAUUUAUGAACAGCACUCUGAUGCCUUAUCUCUGUCUCUCUCUCCCUCUUUCUCUGUCUCUGUCUCUCUCUCCCUCUCUCUCUGUCUCUCUCUGUCUCUGUCUCUGUCUCUCUCUCCCUCUUUCUCUGUCUGUCUCUGUCUCUCUCUUUCUCUGUCUCUGUCUCUCUCUCCCUCUUUCUCUGUCUCUGUCUCUCUCUCCCUCUUUCUCUGUCUCUGUCUCUGUCUCUCUCUCCCUCUUUCUCUGUCUCUCUCUGUCUCUCUCUCCCUCUUUCUCUGUCUCUGUCUCUCUCUCCCUCUUUCUCUGUCUCUCUCUGUCUCUUUCUCUCUCUCCCUCUUUCUCUGUCUCUGUCUCUCUCUCCCUCUUUCUCUGUCUCUGUCUCUCUCUCCCUCUUUCUCUCUCUCCCUCUUUUUUCUGUUUCUGUCUCUCUCUCCCUCUUUCUCUCUCUCUGUCUCUCUCUCCCUCUUUCUCUGUCUCUCUCUGUCUCUGUCUCUCUCUCCCUCUUUUUUCUGUUUCUGUCUCUGUCUCUCUCUGCCUCUGUUUCUGUCUCUGGGUGGCUUCGAUGCUCCCUGGCCUCUGGUCACUGAGGUUGUGUCUGUUAGGGGAAUCUAUGACCCUCAGAGCAGCUCCACCUUCUGUCAAAGCCUUUUCUUAAGAUGUAUUGUAGAGACUAUGCAGUAUCGCUGUAAGGAUUCAUUUGUGAUUCUUUGGAGAUACUUUUGUGUUGUGUUCGGUACCUGUUUGCACCUGUUUUUAACGCAUGUACUUCUCUGAUACAUGUGUUACUAUACAAAGGCCCACUUCACACACAAUAGAGAAAGAGGUAGAGAGAAAGAGAGAGAGAGACAGGGUGAAAGUUAUAUCGUGUACACGGAUAACAAAGAGAAAGCCUAUUUAUACUGUCUGGGAAAGAAAGCCAGGGCCACUUGAAUUGUAAUGAUGUCAUCUUAUUCAGCGAUUAGGUUGACGCGGGGCUUUUAUGUAGCUUCCUGCCUGGCAGAGUUAACACCUUAACUGUUUAGCCUCUCUAUUUGGUUAAUGAUAACUCGGCUCCAGGGAGUCGGAAAAUCCUCCACUGUUAGACAACCUGGCUUUGUAUUAAUCCUGUAAACAGUGUUUCCCCUAUAUUAAUUUGGCAGUGGCGGGCCGCCGCUGCUAAAACUUUGCCGCCACUCCAAGAAAUAUAAUGUAUAUGGUUGUUUUAAAAAUAUAUAUAUAUUUUCGGGAUGGUAAAACAUUGUCAGUGUAAUCUGAAAUGACUAAAAACAGAUAUAAGUAUGUAGAAAAUAGCUAUAUAUUUUUUUAUAAGAUCAUCUUUGAAAACGAAUAAUCAUCUAUAAAAACUAGACAGUCAGAGAGAAUCUAACAUUUUUUAAAUGUCAUGGCAUGGGGCCCAAUUGAUUUUGUUAUAACUGUCACGAUCGUCGGAUAUAGAGGACCAAGGCGCAGCGUGGAAGGUGAACAUUUUUAUUAAAUAAUGAUUACACGAACAAAAACAACAAAUCGAUACGUGACGUCCAAAGGUGCAAAACACAAACCUACACAGGAACAAGAUCCCACAAACACUGUGGGAAAACUGGCUGCUUAAGUAUGGAUCCCAAUCAGAGACAACAAGCAACAGCUGAUACACGUUGCCUCUGAUUGAGAACCACACUGGCCAACAUAGAACUACAAAACUAGAACGAAAAACAAAUGAAAACUCACACCCUGGCUCAACAUACUAGAGUCCCCAGAGCCAGGGCGUGACAAUAACGUUUGUUUGAGUCACUCAGAUAGCAUAAGAACACGGCAUAAGCCAUGGCAAAAUGUGUAGAAAUGCAGGAAAUGAGCUUUAAAAUUGCAGAUUUUCUCUCAGAAACACUGAACUACCCAUUAAACAUAGACACUGUACAAGAGAAAUAACAACCAAAACUGUAGCUCUAACUAACUGCUGAUGAUUUGCAUAACCAUGUUAUUCGAUACAAUAAAAUACAGUACAAUAUAACCCAACUUUAUUGUCCCUCAUGAAGAAAUACAAUUAGUAGAUAACAACUAAAACUGCAGUAAUUUUCCUAAGUAGAGCAACAGCAGUUUGUUAGAAGUCUUUAUCCAUGGAUGGUGUAUGUACAGUUGAAGUCGGAAGUUUACAUUCACCUUAGCCAAAUACAUUUAAAAUUAGUUUUUCACAAUUCCUGACAUUUAAUCCUAGUAAACAUUUCCUGUCUUAGGUCAGUUAGGAUCACCACUUUAUGUUAAGGAUGUGAAAUGUCAGAAUAAUAGUAGAGAGAAUUAUUUAUUUCAGCUUUUAUUUCUUUCAUCACAUUCCCAGUGGGUCAGAAGUUUACAUGCACUCAAUUAGUAUUUGGUAGCAUUGCCUUUAAAUUGUUUAACUUGGGUCAAACAUUUUGGGUAGCCUUCCACGAGCUUCCCACAAUAAGUUGGGUGAAUUUUGGCACAGUCCUCCUGACAGAGCUAGAGUAACUGAGUCAGGUUUGUAGGCCUCCUUGCUCACACACGCUUUUUCAGUUCUGCCCACAAAUUUUCUAUAGGAUUGAGGUCAGGGCUUUGUGAUGGCCACUCCAAUACCUUGACUUUGUUGUCCAUAAGCCAUUUUGCCACAACUUUGGAAGUAUGCUUGGGGUCAUUGUCCAUUUGGAAGACCCAUUUGCGACCAAGCUUUAACUUCCUGACUGAUGUCUUGAGAUGUUGCUUCAAUAUAUCCACAUAAUUUUCCUUCCUCAUGAUGCCAUCUAUUUUGUGAAGUGCACCAGUCCCUCCUGCAGCAAAGCACCCCCACAGCAUGAUGCUGCCACCCCUGUGCUUCAUGGUUGGGAUGGUGUUCUUCGGCUUGCAAGCAACCCCCUUUUUCCUCCAAACAUAACGAUGGUCAUUAUGGCCAAACAGUUCUAUUUUUGUUUCAUCAGACCAGAGGACAUUUCUCCAAAAAGUAAGAUCUUUGUCCCCAUGUGCAGUUGCAAACCGUAGUCUGGCUUUUUUUAUGGCGGUUUUGGAGCAGUGGCUUCUUCCUUGCUGAGCGGCCUUUCAGGUUAUGUCGAUAUAGGACUCAUUUUACUGUGGAUAUAGAUACUUUUGUACCUGUUUCCUCCAGCAUCUUCACAAGGUCCUUUGCUGUUUUCGCAUCAAAGUACGUUAAUCUCUAGGAGACAGAACGCGUCUCCUUCCUGAGCGGUAUGACGGCUGCGUGGUCCCAUGGUGUUUAUACUUGCGUACUAUUGUUUGUACAAAUGAAUGUGGUACCUUCAGGCGUUUGGAAAUUGCUCCCAAGGAGGUCUUGGCUGAUUUCUUUAGAUUUUCCCAUGAUGUCAAGCAAAGAGGCACUGAGUUUGAAGGUAGGCCUUGAAAUACAUCCACAGGUACACCUCCAAUUGACUCAAAUGAUGUCAAUUAGCCUAUCAGAAGCUUCUAAAGCCAUGACAUCAUUUUCUGGAAUUUUCCAAGCUGUUUAAAGGCACAGUCAACUUAGUGUAUGUAAACUUCUGACCCACUGGAAUUGUGAUACAGUGAAUUAUAAGUGAAAUAAUCUGUCUGUAAACAAUUGUUGGAAAAAUGACUUGUGUCAUGCACAAAGUAGAUGCGCUAACCGACUUGCCAAAACUAUAGUUCGUUAACAAGACAUUUGUGGAGUGGUUGAAAAACGAGUUUUUUUUUUACCUAAGUGUAUGUAAACUUCCGACAUCAACUGUAUGUGAUGUGAUGUGGUUCAACAUUUGGUUAGUGUUCAUACUGAGUGGGUGUUAUUACUAAUGCUUUAGGAGUCUGUUAUUAUUACCCAGUACUUUACAGGGGCUCACGUAGCUAAAAUUUCACUUUCAAAAUCCACAAAUGAAUACAUAUGAUGCCCAGUUAUGUAUUUGAUUAAUUUCUGUAGACGUUUAUUUAAACAGAAAGUGAACAGAGCAGAUAUUGCAAUAACACACACACGCACACACUUGCUGUGCCGGAUCCCCCUCGCUGAAUGAGCCCGGUGUGUCAGGGAGCAAGUUUGAUUUAUGGGCUGUUUACACUGAAGCCGGGUGUCCGUGUGAAUGAGGGAUCAAAGGAGAGGAGAGCGCAUUCACAUCCAUUUUAUUGCGUUUAUGUAUCUUGGCAGUGAUUAAUGAGUGUUCCGGUACUGUUUGUCUUUUUUGAAUAUGCUUUUUGGCUCCCAACCGACACGCUAUGAUAGGACGCUAUGCUGCCUGCGGUGAUGGUUUCUGAUGCUGCGGUUGGUGGCGAUGUUCAGGGCCAUGCUAACUUUCCUUCUCGCCUCUCGCUCUCCCUCUUCCUCUCAGCCUGUCCUGUGGGUCAGUUUAGGUCCGGCUCGGGGGGGCAGUGCCAGGCCUGUCCAGGGUUUAGCCAUGCUGUGGUGACGGGCUCACCUGUGUGUCAGUGUCGUCCAGGAUACCUCCGCGCUGACUCUGACACCCCAGACACGCCCUGCACCAGUAAGUACACACAUUAUUACAUCAGUGGUGGCUGCUGAGGGGAGGACGGCUCAUAAUAAUGGCUGGAACGGAGCAAAUGGAAUGGCAUCAGCCACAUGGAAACUAUGUGUUUGAUGUAUUUGAUACCAUUCCAUUCAUGCCGCUCCAGCCGUUACCGUGAGCCUGUCCUCCCCAACUGAGGUGCCACCAACCUCCUGUGCAUUACAUACAUACUCUACCCUCUAUUUACUCUCCCCUGAUACUCUGUGUUCUUUUCUUUCACUUUCAACUUGUGUUUCUCUUGUUGCCCUCCCUCCUUUGUUGUCGCUCGCUCCUCUUCUACUUCUCUUUUCUGGUCUUGUUGUGCUCAGCCCCUCUCACCUGCUCUGUGGCCUUUGUCCCAGGGCUGAGCGUAUUGAGAUGCAGCUCCUUUGUAGCGGGUGUAGAGCGGGCCGGGGCGGAGCCUGGAUGUCACUCCCAGGAAGGGAAGCAUUGAUGGUCGUGAGUGACACCUCUGUGUGGAUUCAGGAAUUUCAAUUCAGCCACAUGUGAAUUGGAGGCAUUUUGAAUUUACAUUUACAUUUACGUCAUUUAGCAGACGCUCUUAUCCAGAGCGACUUACAGUUAGUGAGUGCAUACAUUUUUAUUUUUCAUACUGGCCCCCCGUGGGAAUCGAACCCACAACCCUGGCGUUGCAAACGCCAUGCUCUACCAACUGAGCUACAUCCCUGCCAGCCAUUCCCUCCCCUACCCUGGACGACGCUGGGCCAAUUGUGCGCCGCCCCAUGGGUCUCCCGGUUGCGGCCGGCUACGACGGAGCCUGGAUUCGAACCAGGAUCUCUAGUGGCACAGCGAGCACUGCGAUGCAGUGCCUUAGACCACUUCGCCACUCGGGAGAUGAAUUGGGCAAACUCACUCAGAAUGGCCAUGAAAAGAGUUCGCAACGAACAGCAGUCUGAAACUCGUCUGAAGACUGAAACCAGUAGAGGACAAACAGAAUUCCCUGUAGACUCUGCUAGCCUAUUAAAUCACAGGUUUAAUUACAGUUGUCCCUAAUUAAGUCAGACAGUUGAUUUAUUUUAUCACUCCAGAUGUUUUGACUAAUCACAGGCCCCUUUCUCUCCUCAUCCCUAGAUGUUGAUGUAAAUGAAAGCUAAAUAACAGUAGGCCUUUGUGAUGGUACACAACUGCCUCCUAUUUGUGGCCACCCCAACCUCUCAGAGAGCAUUGUGGCUGAUAUUACUAAGCACUACUCUCAGAGAAGCAGUAAAUGGCCUAGCCACAGGCUCAAUGACAAGGCACAGUUUCCUUAGCAGGAGCAGGAACUAAUUCACACUGGCUGAGUGGCAUUGCAAUUGUGUUCCACUUGGCUGGCAGCAAUCACAAUCCCCCUACUACAAUCUUCAACUGCUGAUCAUUAUCAUUGAAAUGUAGACGUGUGUAAUUGGAGCACCAAUUCAAUUCUGCAUCACAAUGUUGUUUCCUGCUGUGCCCCUCAGCCUCUCUUCCCUGGUGGCUCCUCCAAACGCUAGCUGGAAAUGUAUCUGGAACAUGACAAAUAGCAUGCAAGUGAUUUAAUUGACAAUGCAAAUCUGAAACAGAGGAACAGUAAUAUGGCACAUCGGGACAGUAAAGUGCCUUCAAAUGGAAAAUGUCUUGGUACUUUUGUCUGAUUAAAUAUUUGUGAUUGCUGAUUGCCUGAUGAGGUGGUGUGUGACCCUCUCCUUUCCUCCUCUGUCCUCCAGGACCCCCCUCUGCCCCGCGUAGCAUCGUCACCCAGAUCAACGACACCACGGUGACCCUAGAGUGGAGCGAGCCCCAGGACAGUGGUGGCCGGACUGACCUGAGUUACUCUGUGGAGUGUUCUCUGUGUGGGGCCCCCUGGGGCCCCUGCUCUCCCUGCGGGGACAGUGUCAGCUACCGGCCCUCUCAGCGUGGCCUGCUGGGCCGCAGGGUGGUGGUCUGGGGCCUCAUGCCUCACACUACAUACACCUUCUCCAUCCAGGCCCUCAACGGGGUCUCCCCGCCCAACGGCAAGGGGGCACCCAGCGACACUGUCAACAUCACAACCAGUCACGACGGUGAGAGAGGGACACAGAGAGGAAGAGAGAAGGGUUUGGGGUUGGGGGUCAUAUGGUUAGAAGAGGAAUAUAGAACAACAUUCAAUCUUUUAAUGUCGUUUCUUUGUGUUGGUGUGUGUGCAGUUCCAGUUCUGGUGUCUGUGAUCAGGAAGAGUAUCUCUACAGAGAGCAGUCUGACUCUCCACUGGUCAGUUCCAGCCCAGCCGCACUACACCAUCCUUCAGUACCAGCUACGUUACUGUGAGACGGUGAGGAUGGCAAGACACACUGUCCUCCCACUGUUAAAUACUCUAGCGCUGACUCACCUCAGGUCUUAGGGAGUUGACUGUUACAUCUGUGUACAUCACUCUGACCUCCCUCCCACUGACUAAACCUGGUUUCUUAUCUGCUUUUGUUUUCCCACCGUCCCUCCAUCCCGCUCUUCCUCCAUCCCUCUCUUCCUCUAUCCCUCUCUUCCUCCAUCCCUCUCUCUCUCGGUCCCUCUCUUUCUCCUUUCUCCGUCCUACAGGAGCGUCGAGGUGAGGAGCAGGAGCGGUUGUGUCGCUACAUGGAGAGUGACAGUAACCAGGUGGUGCUGAGUGAUCUCCGCAGGGCCACUCAGUAUGAGGUGCAGGUCCGGGCUCGCACCAUGGCCGGCUACGGCAGCUUCAGCCCAGCGGCCUCCUUCCGCACCAUGCCUGACGGUAAGGAAAGGCCCAGGCUUCACUCUUUCAGGGAGGCCUGGCUAUAUCUAGGCCCACAAAGUAUUCUCAGGUUUUUCACCUUUUUUGUGUAUUGUUUCCGCCUUCUUGUUCUAGUUUAUUUGCCAGAACACAUUAGUUCAUUAGUUACAACAUGAGUUAUAAUUUUAUUUGCGCCUCCCUCCCUUCUUCUCUCCUCCUUUUGAUCCUUUACUCAGGACAUGACUCUCCUUCCCAGCUUCUGGUGACCGGUAUCCUUAUCGCCAUGGGGAUGCUGCUGCUCAUCACUGUCAUCACUGUGGCUGUCUUCUGCAUACGGUGAGAACCAGGGAAAGAGGGAGGAUUGGGGGAGGGGGAGAGAGAGAGGGCAAGAUGGGGACAGAAAUUCUGUAAUGUGAAUUUUACAACAAGGGAAAAGCUAAAAUAGACAAAUGGGUCUUAUCUUAACAUUUGACAUGCUUUGUCUUUUUGUAACCGCUACCAAUCUUAUCAAGCUUAGAUUAUGACUGCUACCUUCAUACAGUAUGUCAUAUUUGAGCAAAACUUUCAAAGAGCCAAAUACUUUUUCUUUGUGACUUUGUGCUUACAGGGCUAGAAGUUAUUCCGCUCAUUAUAACACUUUCCCUUGGCUUCAUUGUUUCAGCAAAUAGCUCCACAUGCCCUCUGAAAAAGGUUCUGGGAACAUAGGGAACUAGAGAGUGAGGAAGCGAGAGAGAGGGAGAGGUAGAGAGAGAGAGGGGUGGAGAGAGGUAGAGAGAGGGAGAGAGAGGGGGAGAGAGAGGGAGAGAGAGAGGGGAGAGGUAGAGAGAGGGAGAGAGAGGGAGAGAAAGGGAGAGAGAGAGGUAGAGAGAGAGAGAUGGGUAGAGAGGGAGAGAGAGAGGGAGGGCAGAGAGGGGAGAGGUAGAGAGAGGAGAGGGGUAGAGAGUAGGUAGAGAGAGGGAGGGGUAGAGAGAUGGUAGUGAGAGGAGAGAGAGAGAGAGGGGGGGGGGGGGGGGGGGGUAGACAGGAUGCAGCAGUCCCAACCCUGGUCUCCACAGGACAGGAGAACAAUAGUCCUGACCUUGGGGCACACACUAUACACUAUACACUACACCACUACACACACAUACAGAGUUGUGCACACACACAUACACACACGUUGUGUAUUUGCACAUACACUAAGAAAUACACAGAUGUGUGCAAUCCCGUUUUAAACGCGCGCACACACGCUCACACUCACAGUAGAGGCCUGGUUCUACCGCCAGAUGAGGGUGGAAACAGUAUUGCUAUUUGGGCCUGGGAGAGAGAUAGGGGGGGGGAGAGGUAGAGACUUAGAUGAGAGAGAAGAGGAGAGAGGGGGGGAGGGAGGGAGAGAGAUGAGAGAGGAACUGAGAUGAGAGAGGGAGGGGGGAGAGGAGAGCGGGGGGUGAGGAGGAGGAGAGAGGGAUGAAGAGAGGGGGCCGAUAGGGUAGUAGAGCGGAGAGGUAGGUAGAGAGGAGAGCAUGUAGGAGAGAGGAGAGAAGGGGAGAAUGGUUAGGAGAGAAGAGAGAGGAGGGAGAGAGAGCGUAGAAGAGAUUGGAGGAGAGAGAUGGGAGGAGAGGAGGUCGAGAGAGAGAGAGAGGGUUUGUCCAGUAGCUACAGGGCUUGUACAGUCCUACUGGGAUGGGCCUGGGCCAAAGGAAGUCUCACUAAUGGAGCCCUCCAGCACAGCAGACCCAGACACAGAGCAGAUUGGCUCCUAAAUGAGCAGAACAGUAGAGGGCCCAGGGUCAAAGCAUUACUUCAUCUACCAGUCAUGUAUUGUUUCUGAGACAGGGAGAGACUCAAUGAGCUUGUUUGUGACACUAAAAAACACUCAGAGAGAGACUAGAGAAGGUGUUAUGUCACUGGACUAACAACCUCUUUCUUCCCCUCUCUCCCUCUAUCGCUCUUUCUCUCUCUCGACCCUUUCUCUCGUCCCUCCUUUCUCUCCCACACGCUGUUCUUCUCUGUAGCAGACACAGCAGAAUGAAGGACCCAGAGCUGAGUGACAAAAAUGGCCAGUACCUCCUGGGCCAAGGUGAGUACACACACACACACACACACACACACACACACACACACACACAUACAUACAAUAUGCAGUUUUUCAUAUUUUAGUCUGUCUGUUACAUUUGCUGGUUCGUCGUUUAAUUCCCCCUACCCUCCCUCUAUCUCCCUCCUCUCCUCAGGAGUCAAGGUCUAUAUUGACCCCUUCACCUACGAGGACCCUAACGAGGCCGUACGGGAGUUUGCCAAGGAGAUCGAUGUUUCCUUUGUCAAAAUCGAGGAGGUCAUUGGUGCCGGUGGGUCUCUCUCCAUCUCUUUCUCUAUGUCAUGUUAUUUAUUGCUGCCUGUUAACAAAUCGGUUGGUAUGGUGAUGUAGUAUCAUGUUUGUAUUAAUGGGUAUUUCCCUGGCUUGUCUCUAGGGGAGUUUGGGGAGGUGUGUCGGGGGAGGCUGAAGGUUCCAGGGAAGAAGGAGAACUACGUAGCCAUCAAGACCCUAAAGGGUGGCUACACAGACAAGCAGAGGCGGGACUUCCUGUCGGAGGCUAGCAUCAUGGGCCAGUUCCAGCACCCCAACAUCAUCCACCUGGAGGGCAUCAUCACUGCUUCCUGUCCCGUCAUGAUCCUCACUGAGUUCAUGGAGAACGGAGCACUUGACUCCUUCCUUAGGGUCAGUCUAUCUAUUGUUCUGUUAUUUUGUCUCUCAGAGAGUCCUACACACACACACACACACACACACACACACACACACACACACACACACACACACACACACACAUACACACACACACACACACACACACACACACACACACACACACACACCCUGGCUGUGACCCCACUCUCCGGGGGUGUCUCAGGGGGAGUUGGGAUAUGCAAAAAAACACAUUUACAUUUUACAUUUACAUUUGAGUCAUUUAGCAGACACUCUUAUCCAGAGCUACUUACAGUUACUGCAUUCAUCUUAAGAUAGCUAGGUGAGACAACCACAUAUCACAGUCAUAGUCAUUUCAUUUUUCCUCAAUAAAGUAGAUAUCAGAAAAGUCAGAGCUAGUAAAGGUGGAAAACUCAAGUGGGAGUAUUAGUUCACAAUUUUUUUUUUUUGGUAAAAUACACACAGGACAAAUAUAAGCACCUACCAAAUUAUUAUUAUUAUUACACACAAACGCAAACUCACACACACUCCACUUGUUCUCAAUUCUAACUUUUCCAUCUCUCCUCUGUAGUUGAACGAUGGUCAGUUCACUCCCAUCCAGCUGGUGGGCAUGCUGCGUGGCAUCGCGUCAGGCAUGAAGUAUCUGUCUGAGAUGAGCUAUGUCCACAGAGACCUAGCCGCGCGCAACAUCCUGGUCAACAGCAACCUGGUGUGUAAGGUGUCUGACUUUGGCCUGUCCCGCUUCCUCCAGGAGAACUCCUCAGACCCCACCUACACCAGCUCUCUGGUGAGACUACUGCACCUCGUUCUUCCUCAACACCAAUCCCAUAGUGCAUAUGGUUAUGGUGUCUGGUUGUUGACUCUCCUCCUUUUUUCUAUCAGGGUGGUAAGAUCCCCAUCCGCUGGACCGCCCCAGAGGCCAUCGCCUUCAGGAAGUUCACCUCAGCCUCCGACGCCUGGAGCUACGGCAUCGUCAUGUGGGAGGUCAUGUCCUUCGGAGAGAGGCCCUACUGGGACAUGAGCAACCAGGAUGUGAUCAACGCCAUAGAGCAGGACUACCGCCUACCCCCGCCCCCUGAUUGCCCCACCCACCUCCACCAGCUGAUGCUGGACUGCUGGCAGAAGGAGCGCUCGGCCCGCCCUCGCUUCGCCGCCAUCGUCAGCGCCCUGGACAAGCUGAUCCGCAACCCCGCCUCGCUGAAGAUCGUGGCCCAGGAGGGUGCAGGGUGAGUGGGCACAGAUCUCUAGGCAAGGGGUUGGGUUGGGAGGGUGUGUGGAGAGUCAGAGAAGGCCAGUGUGGGUUUAAACACAGCAUGAGGUAAAGACAAGGAAAUGACUGUCUAACCAGCUGGAGAGUAUAUAGUGUCCCCUAAUAGAACCCAGUCUUUAUUCCAUUGCUUCCUGUCUGUCAGAGAGUCAGCCUACAUUAAUCUCCUACUGUCCCUCCUCUGUCCUGCUGUGACCUGUCACACUCUAACUGUGCCCAUCCUCUCCCCCUAUCCCACCCCAAAUACUAACCUGUCACUCACAGCUUGGGCCACACCCCCUCCCCGCCAACAGCCAUUGUUGUUUCCUGUCACUCAUGCAGCCUUAGAUCCCAUCCCCAUUCUGUGGCCAUGCCUGUCCCUCAAGGGUACAUGCCUGUGAGGCCACUGGUGUGCUGGUGACAGAGAGUGUGUAUGUGUGACGUGUCCCUGUGUGUGUCCCCUGUCCCCAGGCCGUCCCACCCCCUACUGGACCAGCGGGCCCCCCCGGCCCCCUCAGCGUGCGGCUCCGUAGGGGAGUGGCUGAAGGCCAUCAAGAUGGAGCGCUAUGAGGACAGCUUCCUCCAGGCUGGAUUCACCUCUGUUGACCUACUGGCCCAGAUCACUGCUGAGUGAGUUCACAUUUCACACCUACAACAAUGUGGCUGGCUGUCUCUGUGUGUCUCUCUGACUUUCAAACCUCUUAAAGUUGAGUCACACUCUACGACUAUAGCUCUAUGUCUCUGUCUGCCUAUCUGUCAGUCACUCAGACUGUCUGUCGGUCUGUCUGUCUGUCAGUCUUUCUGUCUGUCUGUUUAUCUAACAGUAUGUCCUUCUCCUCAGGGACCUGCUGCGUCUGGGAGUGACCCUGGCUGGACACCAGAGGAAGAUCCUGUCCAGCAUCCAAACUCUGACCAUGACCAAGAGCCCUGGAACC